AUGUCAGCCUCGAAGCGCCAGAAGUCUUCCAAAGAUUUCCCGUACGAGCUGAUCUACUGGCCUUCAAUCCCCGGUCGUGGCGAACACGUUCGGCUUGCUCUUGAAGAAGCAGGUGCAACAUAUACAGACACAGCCCACGUCAAGGAUGGCAUCCAGACGGUACUUGGCCAGAUUGACGAGAAGAACAUUGGGGACGCCCAGAAUCCUCCGGGACUUGCUCCUCCCUUGCUGAAGCAUGGAGAUCUUCUCAUCAGUCAAACGCCUAACAUAUUGCUGUAUCUGGGCCCUCGGCUGGCUCUUGUUCCCAGCGCAGAGGAUGACGAAGACGGCAUCUACAAGGUUAACCAACUGGCAUUGACGGCCUUGGAUGGGCUCAGCAACGAACCUCAUGACUGCCAUCAUCCCAUCGCCUCAGGGCUGUACUAUGAGGAUCAGAAGCCGGAGAGCCUGAGAAAAAGUCAAGACUACGUCAAGAACCGGCUUCCCAAGUUUCUAGGUUACUUUGAAAGGGUUUUAAGGGGUGAAGCCAGUGGCCAGGGCCCUUGGCUCUAUGGUGGAAGGUUGACUUAUGCUGAUUUAGUCUUGUUCCAGUGUAUCGAUGGAGUAAAGUUCGCAUUUCCAAAGGCCAUGGAGGAAUCUGAGAAGAGUGGCAAAUAUGUGAAGUUAUUUGAGCUUUACGAUGCAGUCAAAUCAAGGCCACGUAUCAAGGACUAUCUGACCAGUGAAAGAAGGCAGAAAUAUUCCAAUGGAAUUUACCGAUACUAUGAGGAACUCGACGUCACCGGAUGA